AUGCAAGGGAAGUAUCAGCGACUCAAAGGGCGGAAAGGGAAACAUCUAAAGCCCCCCAACACGACCCUGAAGCACUUCCUCAGCAUUUUCUUACCCAGACCCUUUAUUUACUUCCUGUGGAGCGCACCUGAUGAAUUUCGGCCUGCCAAGUUUUUCCUGGGGGCUGGACUUGGGAUUUUAUUUGCUUUGGGCCUCACCCACAUCUUGAUUUUUCCCAUGACCAUCAUGGAACGCACCAAAGUCGAACUGUUGGGUGCCAUGACAGGAGUGGCUGCCAUUGGAUGGGGCAUCUCUCCGCAAUUCCGUUGUGCCAGCCUCUUGGUCGUCCCCAAAUUCUUGGGGAAAGAAGGACGGAUUUAUAUUCUCACUUAUGUGUUGGCCACUGUCUAUGAUGGCCCCGUGGCGAAUAUUCGUCACAAUCUGGGCGAGGUGGUGCGAUCCAUCAGCUGCACCGUGGAACUGCAGAUCGAAAAUUCCAAAAAAGCUUGGAAAAUUUCGUUGGCCCCGAUGCGCAAGAUCCUCAAAGACAUGGUGGGAAGUGGGAAGACCUUGAGAAGUGAGUCCCAAGAUGUCUCACGUUCCUUUACGGAGCUGAACAAGCAAGUGGCUAGCAAAGCAGGCUAUGACAGCCGUUUGGUGCGCGAAGCCAAAGGAGGCGCCUCGACGCAGGAGGUCUAUGAGGUGAAAACGCGGAUGCGCUGCAAAAAUAUCAUCCAGCAGGCAGUCAAGCGCUGCCAAAAGUGGUUCAACACCAAACAUCACUUGUGCAUGAAGACGAUUGCCGUACCGCUGGUCAACCACCUGCUGUGCCUCCCCAUGAAAUUCAGCUUCCUUUGCCAUCUGGCCAAAAUCAUGAACACUUGGUGCCAAGACAAGAUCCCUGUGGAAGGGAACUUUGGCCAGACGUACGACCGGGUCAAUGGCUCUGUGGAUAGUUUAAACCAAGAUUUCACUGCCAGCGUUGUAGUCCAGGAGCAGCAUCAAGAGAUGCUGGUGGGGGCCGACCUGUCUUCCCACAAACACCUGGUGGAUAACGUCAACGAGCAGGUAUACGAAAGCAGCAAACACCUAGGCACCGCCGUAUCGAUGCUGCGUGUUCUGCUGUCCUGCAUGUUUAUCCUCGUUUUCGCCUCGGCUUAUUCCUACACAAACAAUUACAACCAGGAUAUCCGUUUCGAUAAUCUCUAUAUCUCCCGUUACUUCCGGCAGAUUGAUGCCAGGCGUCGAAAGCAGAAAAAACGGACGCUUCUGCCCUUGCGACGGGCCGAGGAGAGCCACGUCAUUGACCCGUUGCGCCUGGCCUUCCAGCCCGCAGAGACCAAGAGCGUGAUGCUGGAGCUGCUGGGCUGCCUGCCCCCCCUGGUCUUCCUGCUGAUUGCCUGUGCCCUGGACUCGCUGCUCUACACCAUUUUCAGCACCAUCGGGAACCACGCCUUCGUCCAGUAUUCCUUCCGCAGCAGUCACCACUUGGAGGUGAAGGUCGGUGGGGAAACCAUGAUGGCGCGUCUCCUCCGGAGCACCAUCGGGGCCCUGAACACGUCCUCUGAAAUGGUGAUGGAAACCAACAACUUGCAGUGUUUGCCAGAAGCGCGAGGGAUGAGCCAGGCCGAGUACUUGAGCUGUGCCGCCCCUCUGGGCGCCCUCGUGGGGCUCUGCUUUCUGCAAGUGUACGUCUUCCGGAUCCGGCGGGUCAUCGCCGCCUUCUACUUCCCCAAGCGUGAGAAGCAGCGAAUUAUCUUUCUAUACAACGAGAUGCUGCGUCAGCGCAUGGCUUUCGUCAUUGUGCAACGAAAGCGCAUCAUCCUGCGGGCUCGGGGGCGCAAGAGAGUGAAAAAGCCCCUUGCGGAUCAGAUUGGACGCUGGCUUCCGUUCCUGAAGGGCGUCCUGCUCCGGCGAUGCAUUCUUUGCGACCGGCCCGAAUCCCGCAAUUCCCAAACAUGCCCAAAUGCCAACUGUGAGACCGUCUACUGCCAACUCUGCUGGCAAGACAUGGGCAAGACAUGUUAUGCCUGCCAUCCCGACGAUCUGCUUUCAGAGGAUGACAGCAGCGAAGGAAGGACUGGCUAUGCCGAUUAAAGAGGCACACGGUGGCAUUUUCCCAGUCUUCUGCAUUAGAUGUGGGGUUUUUUUUCAUUUUGGUAGUAUAUUGAUUUAUUAUUAAAUUUAUGUCAC